GCUGUCUUCUUUUCCAAACAAACAAAUGAAAACACACGUGUUACUCAGACCAAAACGUGUAUUAAAGAAUUCGUCUUUUUUUAUCUUAGUAAGAAAAUAAUAAGCAUAAUCCGAUCAUGGGACGAAAACGCGUUAGAGUGGCUGCUCAAGUCUCCAAAAAGGCCAAAAAGGCCAAGACCAAUGCGGUUCAGAAAAUUGAGGAGGUGGAAGAAGUGCCGCCGCUGACUCGGUUCCAAUCGGAAUCCGAAGACUCUGAAGAAGUGGAUCGUUCCGAUAUGGGAGGAUCACCAGCGAAGGAAAACGACAAACCCAAAAAUGUGGCCAAGGCUAAGGUGUCUUGGACCAAUAAACAACGCGUUUUGAUUUUCGGUUGCCGCGGAAUCGGGUUCCGGGAUCGCCAUUUAAUGGACGAUUUGCGGACUCUGAUGCCGCAUUCGAGAACUGACUCGAAAAUGCAACGCAAAGAUACACUCUUCGUGGUCAACGAAAUCGCGGAAAUGAAGAACUGCAACAAAUGUUUGCUGUUUGAAGGCCGAAAAGGCCGCAAGGAUUUGUAUUUGUGGGCUUCAAAUAUCGCUCGUGGGCCUAGUGCCAAGUUUUUGGUCGAGAAUGUGCACACUAUGGCUGAAUUAAAGAUGACGGGCAAUUGUUUGAAAAGCUCCCGUCCUUUAUUGUCCUUUGACAAAAACUUUGAUGCUCAUCCCCAUUUGGCCGUAUUACGUGAGCUCUUUACCCAGAUUUUCUCGGUACCCAACCAUCAUCCCAAGAGUCAACCCUUCUUUGACCAUGUGUACACCUUUACCGUGGUGGAUGACAAGAUCUGGUUCCGCAAUUACCAGAUCCUCACGGAAGAAGACGGUUCCUUGGCCGAAAUUGGGCCCCGAUUCGUGCUCAACCCUAUCAAGGUGUUCGAGUCCAGCUUUUGUGGGCAGACAUUGUGGGAGAACCCAAAGUAUGUCACACCCACGGCCCAUAGAUCCAUGAUGAAGCGGAUGAAGGCCGGAAAAUACAGAGAUAAUGUCCAGACCAAGGCGGCCUAUGAGGCCAGUCGUCCCACGGAGUCCACCUAUGAUUUGGAUCCCACGGAUGCGGUUUUCGCCAAUGAUGAAAAGGCGGAUGAAGAGCAGAGGAAAAUGAGUGAUCAACGCGUUCCUUUGAAGCAACGAAAGCGUAACAAGAAGAAGGAGGUCGACGAGGAGACUGCAAAGGCCACAAUGGAAGGAAAUGAAGACCCAGCAGAUAAUGACGGUGAGGAUGCAUUGGCACCCGAAAAUAACGUGGUGGAUCUUGACGUCGAUGACGAGGAGGAAGAUGUUACUAUUAUUGAUUAAUAAACGCACAACCUAAUGUUACUUGAA